AUGUCGAUUGCUGAACUUAACUUUAACGAGAGAGCUCGGAUUCUAAUGUAUAGAACCGGUGGUAGAGCGCGUGGCAAGAAGGACUCGGCAGAUAGUGGGGUACGAGGUCCAAAUUCGGCUUUAACUCAGUUCUUGAAAGAACAAGGUAUCAAUGCAGAAAGCAUAAGGCAGAAAUGGCUAAAAAGUCGCGAAAAGGAAGGACAGGGUGAAGAGGACGGGCCCAAGAAAGAGGAGGACGAGGAAGAAGAAAAUUUGGUUCUUUCGGAGAUUACUAGAAACAAUGCAGGCAAACGUCGUCAAGCUUUCAGUAGCUCCGAUGACGAUAUCGCAAGCGAUGAUGUAGCGCUGGACGCUACUAGCGACGCUGGUGGGAAUGAAUACGACGAUGACACGGAAAGCGAGGAUGCAAUUGAUCCGCCUGUGAGAAUAGGUGGUGACUCUAGACUCAAACGGUUUGCCGUCGCUGCCGAAGAUAGUGAUGAAGAAGAAUACGACGAAGGACAAAGCUCGAGAACCGUCUCCGUUACGCCUGCGCCAGAGAUAACUCAAGAACAGCUUGAGUCGAAGCUCAAGAAAAGCAAGCAACUACUACAGCAGCGAAGAAGGAAGAAAAGAAAGGCAGCCGAUCUCCUGGACAGGAAAACACGGCGAAUUUCCACUUUACAGGACAUUUGCAUUUCACAAAUUAGCGCGAAUAUUCUUAGACUGCAGCAAAGCACCGACUCGAAGGACGAUUCUAUCUCCUCUCAGAUCCGUAACACCUUGGGGGGGAUUUCGACGCAGAACAUGAACAAGUUGGCAAGAACUUUAUCAAAGAAUAGAGCGUUGAAUGACCACACCCUUCAGCUGUUCUUGAGAACAAACCUGAACACGCUGACCUUUCAUGACUGCUCCAAAGUAUCCUAUGAGGGUUACAAAUUACUGGCAAUAUUUGCACCUCACUUGUCAGAACUGUCGCUUCAGAUGUGCGGCCAAUUGAACAAUGAGGCCCUUAUGUACAUAGAAGAAAAACUGCCGAAACUGACGUCGUUAGACGUUGAUGGCCCCUUUUUGAUCAAUGAAGACACAUGGGAUCAGUUUUUCAGGAAGAUGAAAGGUAGGUUAACGUCCUUCCACAUUUCCAACACGCACCGGUUCACCAAUAACUCACUUCGAAGCCUGCUGGAAAAUUGUGGCGAUUCACUCAAAUCAUUGAAACUUGCAAGACUUGAUGAUCUUUCGGAUUACAGCAUGAUAUCGAAGUAUCUGAGUAAUUCGAGUUUUGAACGUUUGGCCAUUGAGUAUCCUAGCAGGGAAGACUACGUGACGGAUGACAUAGUUGUUGAGACGCUAUCCAAGGUGGGAUCCACAAUCAAACAUUUGAGCCUAAACGGUUGCUCUGAACUCACCGAUGCGUCCUUUAUUAAUGCCCAACCUUUUUUGAUAAACAAGGAAGCAGGUGUAUGUCUCUUGCAAUCUCUACAAUUGGAAGAGCUGGACCAAUUAACAACCGAUGGACUGGUGUAUUUUAUCAGCCAAACCCCCAUGCCUUUGCUCAAAUUUUGUAAUUUUAAACGCUGCUUUCAACUGGAAGACCCGGCACUCACAGAGUUGUUUUUGAACGAUGCUGCUAGAAGUUUAGUGACGCUGGUUCUCAAUUCUUUAAAAGAAGUGAGAGGAGACUGCUUCGAAAUAAUGGCUUGUCCUAACCUUACAAGACUAGACAUGGGAUUCAUGCCCUGUGCGAAAGACGAGUUAGUCAAAAAGCUAGGUGAACAAAACCCUAAACUGGAGAUAUUAGAAGUUUUUGGCGAUAACUUAAUUAGUGCUAAAGCACAAAUCAGAGCGGGCUUGACGGUAAUUGGUCGCCAAAGCGAUACUCUAUAA